AUGUCUCGAACCAGUAUAGAAAUACCUGCAGAAGUAUCUUGGUCAAAGGCAUUUGACUAUUACAAUGGAGAUGAUACCACCACCACGCGCACCGAUAAGUACACAUGGAGCAGAAAGAUGGUCAAAGGUCGUUUUCGGGAGGAUGCCAAUCAGGCUAUUGCAGAGGCGAAGUUCAGGGGGCAAUUCACUGGUGAAUAUGGCGCCAGUUGGGACGUUGUAUCUGCAAAGGCUCGCGUUGAAUAUGAGGUUUCCGCGGACAUCAAGAACACCGUGAACAGCGUCACAAGGGAUGAGGUCAAGGAGGAAAUCUUUGAGAGCGGCGAGGAGGUAACCGAAUACAAGAUUGGGCCAGAGAACCGACUUAUCGGUUACCGGAUGCAUUUUAAUGGUGGGGGUGUUUCAGUAGCAUCGAGGCAAAUCAUAACCCGCCCCGAACCAGAUCCAAACUUCGAAAAAGUGCUGUCGUCGAAUAUCACCUGUGCAUUGGAGGCCAAACGAUUCCUUCGCGGUAUCCAGGUUGUUUACGGUGACAAGGAGUGGCAGCGACCCGAUAAUUGCAUUCCUGUGGACAACAACAAGAGCCCGGAUAUUAACAAAGGCUUUUCGUAUUCGAACUACGUAUGGCUUGUUCCUCUGUGGGGCAUCAAGGCGUCCGAUUCGGAGACCUGUACUUCUCUUAGCUGCCGUCUAAGUGACGACGCAGAGACAGGAUCGGUUGACCUCGCCGCGGGCGCAGGUGGAAAAUACCGGUACCUGGACAUUGGCAGAAAUCCCGCAAUUAGGUAUAAGAUUACUGAAGUCUUGAUGAUUCGGGGGGAUUUUGGAGUCUCCAGAGAGGAUGCAUGGAAGUGGGGUUGGAGUGGAGUCAGUAACGAUUUCAAUGAGGGCCGUAAGCAUGACUAUAUCCAGCUUCUCUGGAAGUCUAUCAAGGUCGACGACACUGUGUUGAGUUAA